UAGCCCCUCUCUCUCUCUCUCUCUCUCUCUCUCUGAACUCAAAAGAUAAGGCUUUUAAGGAUGAAGAAAAUCAAUUUUUUGCUUAGGAAGUGCAAGAGCUUGUCAAGGCAGCUAGGGAGAUCUUCAUCAUACAGUAGCCUAAGGUCCAAAUCCACAAGAGAAGAUUUAUGGGUUGGCCAUGGAGACAAAAUGCAUGAAAUUGAUCAUCAUCACCACCAAACUAUAAUCUUUGUGGGAAGCACAAGAAAGCGCUAUGUCAUUAGUUCCAAGUACCUCAACCAUCCUUUGUUGAAUGCUUUAAUUGACAAGUCCUCAAAGCAAAAGCAAGGAGGAGAAGCAGAAGAUAUCUUGGUCAACUGUGAGGUGGUUCUCUUUGACCACUUGAUAUGGAUGCUAGAGAAUGCUGCUGAUCCAAGCUUUGGUGCUUCAGAGUCCUUGGAGGAACUGGCUGCUCUCUAUGUGUUCUGAUAAGGCUGGUGGUUGUGUUUGAUGAUCUGCUAAUUCAAAGCUGAUAGGGAAAUAUAUAUCAUGCUCUAGGUUGAGGCCACAGCAUCUUGAAACCAUCAUUCUUGUUACUAUUGAUUCUGCUAAAUUCUUUUUUUCUUUUUUGGUUCUAACCCCUUGUGUUUAAUUUGAUGGAUCAUGUUUCGUAAUUAUCAUGGCGUUGCACUGUUGUAUUCUAUGAAUAUUCUUGAUAUUCUCUCAGAUAAGUAAAUAAAUGUCCCAAAGGGUCUCUUUGAAUUCAGAAUAAAACAUGUUAUUUGGAAAGCCUACUGAUAAUUCCAAUUUUCUCAGCUCUUGCCACGAGAUAAUGCACUUACAACAAAACUAUGCUAUCACAAUGAGCUAGCGACAACAAUCAGGUGUACCGCGGUCGCUGAGUCAGACUCAAGCACAACUGCACUGCAACCUAUAUUCCAAGCAAUUUUCAGUCCAAGAUAGAUGCCCCAUAACUCAGCUUCCAAGACUUGUCCUACACCAAGCUUGACAGCAAAGCCUCUCAUCCACUGCCCAUAACUAUCUCUGAGUACACCCCAGCAGCAAUGCGUCCAUCCUCACCUUUUCUGCACCCGUCGGUAUUGAUUUUAAUCACUCCUUCAUUUGGAUAUUGCCAAGAGAGAGCAGUGAGAGAGCGUGUGAGUUUUCUAGUUUUUUCAAUAUUGGCCUGUGUCCAAUCUGCAGCAGCCAUAAGAAUAUUGUAACUGUUAAACUAAUAGAAACCUCCAUCACAUUAAAAAUAAACUAUUCAUCCAAAUUGUUGGAUAAUAUAGAAAGAAUAUUCGUAUGUAAGACAUCCUCCAAAAUUAAGAAACGAAGUACCGCUAAACAGGAUUUUGGUUUGGUACACUAAAAUUACUUUCAAGUAAUUAACGUAUUGGGCCAUGCUAAGCGCAAAAUAGAAGGUCCAAACCCAGCAUUAUACAAACAGGCCAGCAUUUUAGUUCUUAUUGGGUCAUGAAACAGGCUAGCUCAGGACCGUAAAAUUUGUGGAAGAUGAAGAUCAAUAUGAGAAUAUAAUCUGAUGUUUCUUUAGUCAAAAGCUUCUAUCCGAGUGAGCCUAUAAAUCGGGAACUUAAAUGCGAAAACAAUGAAAUUAUGCUGCUCCUGAUCGGCCGACGAGAGCCACCCUUUGUGGGAUUUGAAGUUCUUGAAAGAGCCUAUGCAUGGGAAGAAGGAACAAGUCGAAGCGACCCAAGGUAGGAGAAGAAGGGCAGUCAGUAUCAGUGGACUCACUUCACCGCCCUCGUGUUUUUCUGGUUGGCUUUGGUGCAAACCGGAUUUAGGUGGCUCAGAGUUGCUUAUAUCUGAUAUCUCAGUAUCAAGGGAAGUAGGCAUGCCAGACCUUUCACAGGAUAUCAUUGUAGACAUACUCUCUCGACUUCCUCUGAAGUCUGUGUGUCGAUUCAGGUGCGUGUCAAAGUCAUGGUUCAAUCUUACCACCGAACCCCACUUCAUCAACACCCAUCUCAACCGGCACCGGAAGAAGCAGAAAAUCAUUCUCAGUUCUAAUAAUUCCCUAUUCUCCUUGGACCCUGAAGCACCUAUAGAUGAUGAUAUGUUACCCUUGGAGAUUGAUUUUCCACUUAAGAACCAUCCCAACACUGAGUGGGUUCACAUGUUUGGUUCCUGUAAUGGUUUGGUCUGCAUCAUGCCUCAGCCAGAAGCCUUCUUUAUAUUCAAUCCUACCACUAGAGAGUCCUUGAGAGUACCAGAUUGCCCCAGGCCAAGUCAUAUUUGUCCUCCAGAACCACAAGAAGUAAUGUUUCAUCAUGCAUAUAGUUUUGGUUAUGCUCCUUCGAUCGAUGAUUACAAAUUUGUCAAGGUUGCUUAUGGAUGCAUGGUACUCAUUUUUUCAUUGAAAAGCAGUUCAUGGAAAAGGGUUCAAGACUUUCCUUACAAACAUUGUUUGGAGAAGUCAGGGACGACUCUCAAUGGAGCUGUCCACUGGUUAUGUAGACGCCUUGAAGUUGGAGGUACCUGUGUGAUUGCUGCUUUUGAUUUAGCACAGGAGAAGUUCUCAGACUUGCCCCCACCUGAAUCUGUCACAGAUUAUAAGAGAUUUACAACUGGUGUUUUGAGAGGGUGUCUUUGUUUACUACACCAGCACGAUAGGCGACACUCAUUUUGGAUUAUGAACAAGUACGGGGUGAAAGAGUCUUGGACUAUGAUUAUGAUAACCGACUCAUAUUCUUCUAUUUCUUUGAAGCCAUUAUGUUACUGGAAGGAUACCAAGAUAUUACUGGCAAGGAGUUGGAAACAAUUACUUCUUUGCAAUCCAAAUGAUGGAACUUGCAAAAAUUUCUUGGGAAAUGGCCUUCCGGACAAAUUCUGUGCUGAUGUGUAUGUGGAAUGCCUUGUCUCUCCGAACUUAUGGUUCCGAAGGAACUCGCGGUUGCGUUUAGCCCCGAUUACAGUACUCUACACAUUUCUACUUCUAGUGCACAUGAACUACUUGCUUCUUGUAACUGAGUUGAGCAAGUUUCUGACCAAAAAAAGCAACUGAGCUAGUGUAGGUCUUGUGGUUUAUGAAGUUGUUCCUUGACAUCCUUGUGUCUCUGACCUUCACUUAGUUUGAAUUAAUUUGUAGUUGUUGAGGUUCAAGAAUGACAGUGACUAUUAAGCAUAAUUCAGUAAGGAUUUUAUUUCAUUUGCUUUGGUUGCCAGGAAAUAGAAAAAGAGGCGCACACAAUUACUUUUGCUUCUCCAAAUUGCACUACGUUCUCUCCUCGACAUUUUUGCACCUCAUGCACUGUAAUAAUGCAAGCAAAGUUCAAUUUCCUGGUGUAAGUAAACGAGCUAUGCAUUACUGAAAUGGAUCUUCUGCAUGCAAACGGCAACAUCAAGCUUUAUGAAUUGGACUUGUCUUCUUCAAAUGCAUGUGUGCAUUUCUGAAGUGGAUUUUAUAACUCGCUUGAGCUCCUAUUCUGCUGCGCAAAACUACUGCAAUUCUAGCUUUCAGGAUUUUGCAACGGAUGAAGCACUCAUGUGCCUGAGACGAAACCCCACGUCGCCAAAUUUGUUGACUAAACUUGUUUACGUUACCUAAUAAUAUGUUGGUAUACAUGCUAAUGGGUUCAUCUGGGGUACAGAUUCGUGAGUAUUUGCAUAUGAUUAGAAAUGUGAACUUGUUUAUCUAACGGCUACAAUAGAAUUUAAUGUUCUUAUUGUUGAGAAUUAUAUUUAUGUAAAACAUGGAGUUGUAUUCCAUAUAGAAUAAGGACUCUCGUGAGUCAUCUGUCAA